AUGUUGUUCACCACAUCCGAACCACUGGCCCUCUCGUGUUUUCUCGGCCACGCCGUCUCGCGCCUGCACGUCAUGCUGCCGCCAAGGUCCAGUUUGUGCACAUGCUUCAGAUGGGCAGUGUUCGUCAAUCUGAGAGCGCAUCGCCCCUUCUUAUUGGUUUCCCAGGCUGCUUCAGGUGACUGGCGCCCCUGCGGUGACUACAAGGCCUUGAACAGCGUAACUAUCUCGGACCGCUAUCCUGUUCCGCAUCUUCAGGAUUUUACCGUAGCCCUUUACGUCAAAUCUGUGUUCUCGAAGAUCGACUUGAUCCGUGCUUUCCACCAGAUUCCCAUCGCUCCGGCGAACAUUCCAAAAACGGCCAAAAUUACAUUCCUUGGCCUCUUUAGACUCCGCAACGCCUCACAAACCUUCCAAAGAUUCGUAGACAAAGUACUUCAUGGCCUACUCUUUGUUUACGCCUAUAUCGACGACCUUUUGAUUGCCAACUCCUAUGCCAAAGAACACAUGGAGUAUCUUAAAACGCUGUUUAACCGCUUUCAAAAAUUUGGCGUCGUUCUCAACCUGUUCAAGUGCAUUGACUACCCCGAGGUCCUCGGGGAUAUGGUUGACUCUAGGAGCAUCCAUCCGCUUCCCGCGAAGGUUGCGGCCAUCAGUGACUUCCCUUCUCCCUUUCCCAAACUUCAGCUCCAGCGAUUUCUGGGCAUGGUAAAUUUUUAACGCCGGUUCCUCCCGCAUUGUGCCGACCUUACUCUGCCGCUCACGAACCUUCCCUCCAGUCCCAAACAUUCGUUCAAGCUGUCUGGAGACACCGUCGCUGCUCUUGACAAGAUGCUUGCUGCCCUGGCCGACGUCACCCACCCGACGCACUUUUCUUCCGAUGCUCCCAUCGCCCUCAUGGUUGACGCCUUCAAUUUUGCUGUUGGCGCAGUUCUUCAACAAAGUCUCCCGGUUUCGACGGUGCAUUUGGCCUUAUUUUCAAGAAAACUCUCUGAGACCGAAACCCGCUACAGCACUUUAGUGCGCGAACUUCCUGCUGUUUAUCUUGCUGUGAAGUACUUCGGGCAGUUACUUCGAUUUCGAGAGUUCGCCAUUUUCACGGACCACAAGUCAAUUUCCUUCGCACUUCACUCAGUUUCCAACAGGCUCAACCCCCGGGAAACCCGUCAACUUGACUGCAUCUCUCAGUUCACCUCAGCCACAUUGACGGAUCAGGCAAUAAGGAUAGCUGACGUAUUAUCCAGAUCCUCCAUCGCUCCCCUUCACCUUGGUCCCGGGAUCGACCUUGCUAAGAUGGCAGCGCAACAACGCCGUGCCGGUUCUCCCUGUGAUGGGAAUGUUUCCGGACGCCAACUCGCGAGAAAUUUGUGAGCGUGGACCGUCCCAAAGCUGCCGUCCCAGAAGGAAAAUAAAGGAUGAUUUUCUGACAAAAGAGUAAAAUAAUGCAUGUUCAUGUGCGUGUUUUCUAUAACAUAUUUCUGAAUCUAUAAGAUCGUCGAAAGUCCAUGUAAAAAAUGAAUGUUACUUAUGUAAUCAUCUUUUUAUCGAGUCCGUCCCUGAAUAGGGUCGAAAACAAAUACAUUUGAAGGCCGAACGUCUGGCGCAUUCAAAAUACUAUAGAAUUAUGCCCUUUGAUAAUCAAUUUUACAGCCCCACUUAAGUAGUACUUCGUAGUCGAAAACGUAUUUCAGUAUUUUGGGCUCCUCUCCUACCACAGGGUAUUCACGCAAGUCUUUAGUCAAUCAUCCUAUCGCGACAUAUUAAAUCAGAGCUGUAACUGUUCUACCUCCUAUAUUCCAUAUCUGGCUUUAGGCACAAAAAUUGCCCAUCGUCCAAUAAUUCCAUUUCAUUCUGAGCUGGCGAAAGUGCAUCAGUGCUCAGACCCCCCGGAAUGAAUAUAUUCAUGCUGUCCUGGGAAGUAAUUUUUUUGAGGAAGAGGAGGAGGAACAAGUAGGAGAAAGUAUACAAUCAUCAAAUCUCAAAAAGAAGCAGGUUGCCAUUAUUGUAGAAUAGUGUUUCAUAGGAGUCCGCAAAUGACAUCCAUCUCAAGAGUAUGUUUUAUUCCUGAGAAUGAAGACUUUCAAGUGCGAAGAAUUUAUUACUAGGGGAAUAGCAAGGUACCACCAAAGCUUGAUUUGUCUGCCCGGUCGCUUUUUGAGUAGAAUAUGUGCAAUGGCUUUGCGUUUUCGUGUGCUUGUAAUGCGUCGCUGUGCGGCUGCUGGUUGGGCUCGAGAGAGAGCCCAUAAGGCACAACGGAACGAGAACGAUCGUUGAGCGCCGAUUGUAUAUUCCCGAUCAAAAACCGACAGGGCAACGGACUCGUGACUCAGUGGUUAGAGGCGUGGACUUCUAAAUAACAGGUCGCGGGUUCGAGCCUCGGGUUUUCCACACUUCGGGGUUGGGUACGGCUGGCUGACAACGGCUAAUAAGCCAGAAAUGGCCAUUCCAGUCUCCCUUGUCUUUGUCAGUAAUGCCAUUCUGCCUAUAUCAUGCGCCGCCGUGCGGCUGCUGGUUGGGCCCGAGAGAAAAAGCCGAUAAGGCACAGCGAAACGAGUGAUCUCCAUAAGACCAAUCGGUGAGAGCGCCCACUACCAUAUGUAUAUAUUAAGGAAGGUGAAAUUCUUUAGGAAAGUCUAAACUUCAUUGUGUAAAUUUUCAACACUGGUUCCCAAGCUUGUCUUCAGUAAACGGGCAUGCAAAAAAAUAACUUCUAGAAUGAGUCUGACAAAAGGAUUAUGUGAUUGUUCAAGGUCAUUUUCCCGGGAUUGGUUGAGUCAGUUUGAAUCUGUCCUUAACGAUUUUGUAUGUGGCAUCUAAAUCGAUAUGCCGGUUGAUGCAGUUUUCAGUGUCUGCAUGGCCACUUGGGAUAGAGGGUCGCGUCUCUUUACCGUUAACUGAUGCUAAUGCAUACGGGUUGAGACAGAAUUCCCAGUUUGGGCACAAUAGACGGCAUCACAACUAGAACAAGGGAUUUUAUAGACAAAACCUUUUCUUUCGAUGUAGCCACCCCUGUCCUUAGGGUGUACAAGCCGUGUGUGUAAGGUUGUUGCUCGCUGGUGUGUUACGUGUAUUUGGCACUUUUCAAUUGUUUUUCGACUAGUUCAGAUGCAUUUUUCACGUAUGCGAGAGUUCGCCAGGUGGUUGGUUUUGGUGUCCGAGCGGGGAUAGCAUUGAAAAUACUCUUUCCCUAAAGUUGCAGCUGCCUCAUGCAUUAACGUUUAAAGUCAUGCGGGUACACAUUUUGGGAGAAUAGUUUGUAGAGGUAUUUCAUUUCGGCUCGAUAACUUGUUUCUUUCCCCUGACCAAACCACAUGCCACUUUGCAGCUGCGCUGCUCUCCUGGCCGUUCUCGCCGUACCUUCUUCCGAAACCAUCAUCGUUCCCGUUCUAGGCCUAGCGCUACCACCCUCUGCUGGCACAUCGUGAAUUUUGGCGAUAAGUCUCCGCGUUGUGUCCCACCCUGCUCAUUCAAGUCUCCGCAGGGAAACCUCCCGGCCGGGGAAGUGAAUGUGUCCGAGCUCUCUGGCAACCCCACCGGCAGCACAUUUUAGGUCUGCGACAGUAUGAGUGGCAAAGGUUUCUUUAGUCCUUCUGCCCUCCUUGUCCUCCUCCUCCUCCUGCUACCCCUCCUCAUCCACCUCCACCCCCUUCUCCUCCUCCUCCUCCUCCUCCUCCUCCUCCUCUUCCUCCUCCUCCUCUUCCUCCUCCACCACAAAUGA